AGCGUCCGGCCAACACCUUAGAUUCCACGUGCCAUAUUCCUUGCCAUCUAUCAUGGCCGUGGUCAUGCCUGUCAGCGGAACGGGGGUCCGUCUCCCCACUCGCACGCUCUCUGCCGCCGGUGCAGGCCGGCUUGCGUUCGGCUUUCCCAGCGGCGCACGAACAGCCAACCGCAAGGUCACUACUAUGGCUGCAAAGGUGACGGGAAAGAUUAAGUUGGCCCUGCCAGCCGGCAAGGCUAAUCCCGCUCCUCCUGUGGGUCCGGCUCUGGGUUCAAAGGGUGUAAACAUUAUGGCUUUCUGCAAGGAAUACAACGCGCAAACAUCAAAGUUUAUUGGCGACAUUAUCCCCGUCGAGAUUACAGUGUAUGAGGAUCGUAGCUUCACGUUCAUCCUGAAGACGCCGCCGGCUUCCAUUCUGCUGAAGAAGGCUGCUGGCGUCGAGCGCGGCGCGGGCAAGCCCAACAAGGAGAACGUUGGUCAGGUGACACGGAAGCAGGUGGCGGAGAUUGCGGCUAAGAAGCUGCCGGACACCAACGCCACCAAGGUGGACUCGGUGGUGCGCAUGAUCGAGGGCACGGCGAAGAACAUGGGCAUCAAGGUGGUGGAUUAAACACCCUGUUAAAACCGCCAACUGACCGAUUUGCGUCGAGGGCCGGUGCUGCCGCCGCUGUGUGUUCAGCAUCCGCGUGUAGACUUGUCGAUGGGAUCCUAGCCCGGCAAUGCUCCGCGGGUCCAGGCUCCGGCGUCGCUUCUCUAGGCCUUUGGUGGGAAUUUUGGUGACUACGGCAGACUACGACAAACGAUUCCAUUCUCGUCAAGGCCUUGAGAUGGAUAACGUGAUGUGGAGGGAGGGAACGGACUACCGAGGGAACGGAGCACAUUAUACACCAGAGAAAGGCACGAGGGAGGAGACGAUACGGGUGAGACAUCUUACCUCCCGCUGUCCGUCACAUCCUGGCCACAUGGGGCAUUUUCUUUGGUGUCGAAGCCGCCUGCGUGGGUGCGGUGAGCCUGCUCCUGAUGCAGCGGAUGGGGAGGAUGUGGGGCACGUACUACGCGGCCUCAGGGUGCGGCGUGUUUGCUGUUCUAGGCUAGAGAUGAUGGCUGAAUGCAAGUCGGCGUCCGUGCAUCAAAAAAGUUCCUACCGCAUGCAUGUAUAUCCGUGUUGGAGGCCUUCCGUGUUGCUGUGCGGUCUGGGUGGAGAGGGAGGUGUUUGCUCCCUCGGCAGCGGGUUGCAAUUUUUCCAUGGGCUCGCCUGUCCUGGAUUAGGGGCCUCAUUCGCGACCGCGCGCCAGGGGACAAACGACCACCGCUCUGCAGUGUUCGAACGGGGUAACGACUAAUGGUAAAGGGUUUGGCGUCGUUGGCGCCAUUGGUUAACGCGGUAUGUCCUUGUGGGCAGGCUCGAAGGAAAGGUUCUUCAUCUCGCCUUCUGCCUCUGUGUGCAAUUUUGUGACUUGAAGCGCAUAGGGCGGUUUGGCAAGGUGUUGCUUAUGAGGCGUGAGCAGAGGCAGGCAAGGCGUGGUGCGCUGUUUGUGCUCUCACGGCUACCCGCCAUGAGACAGUGGCAUUUUUGCUACCAUACGUUGGUGCAAAUGCUUGCGCUGUCCUUGUCCGUCCGUGCGUAAGCGGGAUGCAGUCGAGGUGCGGACAUGCUGUGCGUGUGUAAGCGGAAAAUGAUCUCUGGUGAUGAACACAGGCCGAAUUUAUUGUUCGGUUGUGGGAAAAAAGCUGUGCCCUGAUUGCGAAAGCACUCCCAGACAGACUGUCUUCACAGUUUGAAGGAAAAUGAAAAACAACCGAAGCAUAUUUAAAUACUACAUAUCGGCGCAAGCUAAAAGGGGACAUGGUUCGUGAUCUCCUUGCCUUCAUAUCACUAACAAUGUUGACCAAUUAAGCCAGGAUUUGGUGCGCAACUUUGUAGCUGCGUUUUAUGAAGUUACGCCGUACACCAUGACCGACCGUAUGCAGUCCGCAAAGCUGGCACGAAAGUUCUAUGUCGGUAGGUAACUAAGAUAGUGUAUCAGUGCAAACCUUGUAAUCCUCUGAAGUG